AUGCGACUACUGUACGGGGACGAAAGUGGCAGCUUCUGUGAAGGUUUUAUUCGUUUCCGGUGGUGUGUGUGUUGUCGCCGUCCUCAGUUUGUUUGGUGGUUCGGCGUCUCGCGCGGUCCCGGGUUGCGCAGCGCAGGGUCGCUCCCUGGCCCCCCGUCCUGCUCCACCCCCGCGACCUGCCACUACGCUAUUGAUCUGCCGCCGACGGCAGCGCCGCCCGCGGCCGUCCCGGCAGGCUGGGGAGGCUCGGAGCCGUGGAGCGCGAGGCGAGGCAGUGAGCGGGCGACGCGCCAUGCGGCAGGUGGCGGCAGAGGCAGUGGUGUGCGCGCAGUGACCGCAGCGGCAGCAGACGAGCCAGCGGACGCGGACGCACCGGCGGGCCACCACUGGCAGGUUGUAGGCGGCAGAGCGGGCCAGCCAGCGACUAUUGCGAGGUCGGGGCCGAUGGGCCGCCUGAGGUUCGAACUCGGGCCUACCAUCGUGGAGGGCGUGGCGGGGUCUGCGCGGCGGCGGCCGACCACGGCGCCGGCGAUGACGCCGACUUCUGCGGCAGCGGCGGCUGCGGGGGCGGUGACGGGCACGGGGUUGGCGCGCGCGGGCAGCGGCCGCUGGCGGCGCUCCGGUGGCGGCUGGGGCGCGCUGCACGACGGCGGGCCCGCCUCCCUGCCCCCGGAGCCGCAGCCGCAGCCGCAGCCGCUGCCCGAGACCGAGCAGGAGUGCGCCGAGGUGUUCCAGGAGCGCAUCCGCGCCGCGCACGGCCGCCAGCUGCUGCCGCUCGUCGAGGACCUCGCCGACUGGAUCAACAAGACGCUCGGGCUGGACUGCGUGACGGGGGACAACUUCUUUGACGUGCUGGACAACGGUGCUCUGCUGUGCAGGUUAGCCAGACUCAUCCACGAACGUGCCCAGGCACUCGCCGAUCGAGGUGACAUCAGCUCCACGCAGGUACCUGUGAUCCGUGGACGCUGCUGGGACAAUGCUGCGCGACGCAGCUUCUUCUCUCGAGACAACAUGGAGAAUUUCAUCCAAUUCUGCCGUAGACUUGGUGUCCAUGAGAAUCUCAUCUUUGAGAGUGAUGACCUUGUACUACACAACCAGCCCCGCAGUGUCGUCCUGUGCCUGCUGGAAGUGUCGCGGCUGGCAGCUAGGCUGGGGGUGGAGCCAGCAGGUCUCGUGCAGUUGGAACGCGAGAUUGCUGAAGAGGAGCAGAGAGAGCGAGAUGACUCGCUAUUGUCCUGGCAGUUCCGUGCCUCGCCGGCACUCACUCCACGUGCGUCGCCUGACAAGAUGCGACAUAGCAGCUCAUCAUCAGCCAUCUCAAUGUCAGCGAGUGGCAAUCGGUGGGGGAAGGGGCGGCCGCGGAGUGGUGACAGGCGAAGCCUGAUGCUGGAUUCAUCGGCAUCACCACCACACGAUGCACGGCGCACCGUUAGUGAGGGUCAUGCAGCGAGCGACGGAGUACCGAGUGAUGCCACUGAAGUUGAUGAUGACUGGUCACGUGGCAGUGCCGAUGCAGAUGGUGACGCUGACCAGGAUGAUGCUGAUGGCGAGUUGGAGUUAGAUGGUGAUGGCAGCCGUGCAGAGGAUGUUACAGAGCUUGACCGCAAGGUACAGCAAGCAACACGCCUAGCACAACGUCAGUGUCACUGUCCAUCUGGCAGGUGCCCGAAGCUCAAGGUCAGAAAGGUCGGGGAGGGAAAAUACAAUAUUGCUGGCAGGAAUGUCUUUGUGCGGCUGCUGAAAGGCCGGCAUAUGAUGGUGCGUGUGGGAGGAGGCUGGGACACAUUGGACCACUUUCUACUGCGCCACGACCCCUGCCAGGUGAAGGGCCAUGAUAAAAAAAGAUCUAAAAGUCCUGAUAAAAGAACACUUCAAGCCACAGUUGCAACUGCAAUAAACUAUAACUGAAGUACAACUACCAUAUUCAGCUGCAACAACUGUUUACUUUCAUCAGUAUAACAAGACUACUGUUGAAUAAGGAAUAUAACAGUGUAAAAUGACUUUCUCCUCUAAAUGGACUUCAAUUAUUGAAUUUGAUGAGAAUUCCACAUUCUCAGCACAAAUAUAUCCAAGAUUACAUUUAUGACUGCUUUGCUUCAUUAUGAAACUGUCUUGCGUAUUUUUCUCUGUAUUAUAUACUUUUAACAAUCGUGCAUGUGUCAACUGUUUCACACAUACAUAGAAUGUGAAAUACAUAUAUUAAUUAAGUAUUUUGGAGAGCAAUGUUUUUUGCUUAGUACAAUGAAUACAGUUACUAUUCUUUGUAAAAAUUGUAUGUAUUAAGAAAGUGUGUUGAAAUUAUUCUUGUGAUUGUUUUAAUGAUAGUCUUUAUUAAAUGCUUGAUGUUUUGUCCAACAUAAAAAUCUCUUUGACAUUUGAAAUUGUGUGGCAGCACUAACCUGUAAUAUUCACAAUGUUUCUUCGUAUCUAUUCGUAUGUGGUGUGUGUGUGUCAUAUUUCUCUCUAUAAAUGUGUCAGCAAAGUUAUGGAAUCUAUGAGAUCAGAACAAUUUCAUUUGCCAUAAGUUAACAAAUAACUUGAAAAUUUGGCUUGUAUUCAGAUGUGCCUACAUGAGUGAUACUCAGAUUACUCAAAAUUAGUACAAAUUUUCUUCUAAGAUGGUAGCCAAUAAAAACCAUAGUUUAUGAUAAAAAAAAAGAAGUUACUGCUACAAUGAAGUUGGGUGUAUCUUCAUGUAAUUUGUUCAUUUUGCACCAUCCUGAGUGCAGUUUUCUGAAUUGUAAGCAAUAAAAUUAUCUUAAUGCUGCAGUUGA